AUGAUUGCCUUUCAAGAUGACAACCAAGGAUUCAAAUAUCUGCUGUGCGUGAUCGAUGUGUUUUCAAAAGAUGGCAUGGGUGCAACCCCUGAAGGCCAAGAGCAGUUCUGCUUUGACCGAAGGUUUUCAAACCUUGCUGAUGCAACAAGCCAAAGGUCGAAUCCCUGCUCAAUUGCAACAGACAAAGGCAGAGAAUUUGUCAACCGUCCUUUCCAGGCUCUCAUGACGAAGCAUGGCAUUCAUUUCUACACAAGUCAAAAUCCUGAAACGAAUGCAGCCGUGGUGGAACGGUUUCAAAGGACUCUGAAAAAUAAAAUGUGGCGAUACUUUACACAGCAUGGGACCAGACACUAUUUGAAAGUCUUACCCCAGUUGAUCAAGUCGUACAAGCGUCGUGUGCAUCGGACCAUUGGCCAGCGACCUGUGGACGUCCUCCCAGGAGAUCCCCUGUCAGAAAUUCGGGUGUUAGACUACAUGGAGGAAAAACAACAACAACAACGGCUGCAGCGCAAAAAGAAAAUAACAACACAAAGACUGUCGUCCCCCAAGACAAGAUCCCCCUCUCUUAUACUGCCGGGCACCCGUGUACGUCUGAACAAAACCAAAGGCACCUUUGAGAAAGGUUAUCUCCCCAAUUGGACCACUGAACUGUUUACGAUGGACCGGUUGGUGACAGGGAGAACACCUCCUGUGUACCGGAUCAAAGAUGAUCAUGGUGAAGUCCUCCAAGGAACCUUUUACCCUGAAGAAAUACAACCCAUCUUGAAAGCAGACGAUGUGUAUGCCGUGGAUCGCGUGCUGAAAAGACGUCCAGGACCAAAACAGGGUCAAGAAGAGGUCUUGGUGAAAUGGACUGGCUACCCUGCCAGUUUUAAUUCGUGGAUCCUUGCAGAUCAUUUACAGAUAAAUUAA